AUGCUAGCAAUAAUUAUUUUAUUGGCCCUAUUUAUUUACUACCUUGUUGAUCAAUACCGUCAGACUACUCGACUACCACCAGGACCCUACCCUAUCCUGUUUUUUGGAAACAUCUUCCAACUUGCAAUUUAUUCCUGGAAAUGCGGAGGCAUUGUUCCAGGGUUCAAGCGCAUCAAAGAGAUAUAUGGGCCUGUAUUUACACUAUGGCUUGGUCCUAUUCCUACUGUGCAUAUAGCUGAAUAUUCUUUGUGCCAUGAAGCUAUGGUACGCAAUGGGAUGAACUUUCAAAAUCGCUGGGGUCCAGCAAUAAUGAUGGAGGGAAGAGGUGAUCGUGGUCUGAUAGCGUCAAAUGGUCAUAUUUGGCAAGAACAGCGACGAUUUUCCUUACAUGUGCUGAGAAAUCUGGGAGUAAGUAGAAAUCUGAUGGAGGAACGAAUUAUGAAUGAGAUUGACCUAAGAUUCAAUGAAAUCGACCGUCUACCUCCCAGUUCGGGUGUGGACCCUUUCCAUCUAUUUGAUCGUCUUGUCGGUGGAAUUAUCAACCGGUUGCUUUUUUCGAUGCCAGUAGAUGAAAAGGAGGAGCUCAAGUUCUACAGUAUCAAAAAGAAUAUGGACAAAUGGAUCGAGGAGCUCGCAUUCUACCACACUCUUCUCAAAAGCUGGAUGUUCAGAAUUCCAGUGGUGAAUCGAUUAUGGAGCAGAACUCUCGAACCUGUUCGUACCAUGAAAGAUUUCAUCAAAAAUCAAGUAAGAGAAAGAAAGCGUGCCAUAGAAGACGGCGGCCAUGUGCUAAGCGCUGAACCCCAGGAUUAUACUGACGCUUUUUUGAAGAGAAUGAGAGAAAACGAUGAAGAUGGUUAUCAAAAUACUUCAUUUGAUGACGAAUCACUUGUGGUCAAUAUUUUGGACUUGUGGAUGGCAGGAAUGGAAACUACAACUACAACAUUAUGUUGGGCGAUGGUAUUCUUGAUGAGAAACCCAGAAGUUGCGUCUCGAGUACGGGAGGAGUUGCUAGAAGUAACCGAUGGAGCUAGGCCCCUUUCCGUCAAGGACCGACCCAAAACACCUUAUUUUGUUGCUACGAUCACUGAGAUUCAACGUUUGGCAUCAAUCCUGAAACUAAAUAUCUUUCGACAGGCCGAAGCGGACACUGAAAUUGGUGGAUACCCGGUACCCAGAGGUACCGUAGUAUCAGCUGAACUAUGCCUUCUUCUCAACGACGAGAGCAAAUUUUCAAAUCCAGACAAGUUCGACCCGUCCAGAUUUAUUCACGAUCCCUCUCUUGCCGCAAUGGUUGCUCCAUUUGGUUUGGGUAGGAGAGCAUGUCUCGGAGAAUCAUUAGCGCGAGCUGAGCUCUACUUGAUCAUUGGCAAUAUCCUGCUUCGUUAUUCGUUGAACGGUGUCGACGGACCACCGUCAGCAGCGGAAGACAAUGACUUUGGAAUUUUGAGGAAACCACGAAGCUUUAGAAUUUUGUUUGACAAAAUUCUUUGA